UUUCUUCUCUCUUACUUUUACUUUGAUACAAUUAUUACCUCUUUUAACUUACGUGUAGUUUUCACACCAUUCAACCUUCUCUCUCUCUCUGUGUCUGAACCAACCAAGAAUAGUAGUAGCCUUUACAGCUUUACCUUGAUAACAACAGUACUUUCAAACCCUCCAUUGAACUCUCUUUUCUACUUUUAUACAAACAAAAAAGAAAUUAAAGAUCUCUCUUACUUAAAUGCUCUUUCCUCCAUUCUACUUCUGUUAUAACAUCCAAACGUUUUAGCCUUUCAUCAUUCCUCAACCAACCCAGUUCUCUUCAUUUCUUCUCUUCCGUAUCUAGAAAGUAGUGAAACAGUAGAGAGAGAUAUCUAGAGAGAGAAAAUAAAAGAUGGACUUUGGAGGGAACAUGUUCUGUCUCAACAACAGAGACCAAAAUAAUAACACCAACGGUAACAGUAACAGUAACAAUAACAGUAACAGUAACGGUUUCACUUGGGGUGGUAGUAGUAGUACUACUACCACCACCACCACUAGUAACAGUGCAUGGAACAACAAUACUUUCAACGUUGCCGUCAACCCCGGUUUAGCCAACGCGGUGAUGUUUCAUCCACAUGCAAACGAAGGCGGCGUACGGCAGGAUCGUGGAAACUACGCGGAGGCGUUCGGUGGAGGUUUGGCUAGGGCUCACGUGAUGCCGGACCCGCAUCUCACGUGUUUGAAGUUAGGGAAGAGACAUUAUUUUGAGGAUGUGAGUGGUGGAGGCGGUGGUGGUGGUGUGUUGGUGGAUAAGAAAGGGAAAGGCUACUGUGGUGGUGGUGGUGGGAAGGCGGCGGCGGGGGUGGGUUUGGCGGUGGGGAGUUCGGUGGCGAGAUGUCAGGUGGAUGGGUGCCACGUGGGAUUGAUGAACGCGAAGGAGUAUCAUAGGAGACAUAAGGUUUGUGAGAUGCAUUCAAAGGCACCAAAAGUUGUGGUGAUGGGUUUGGAGCAGAGAUUCUGUCAGCAGUGCAGCAGGUUCCAUGUUGUGUCGGAGUUUGAUGAAUCAAAGAGAAGUUGUAGGAGAAGACUUGCAGGGCACAAUGAGAGAAGAAGAAAGAGCUCCCAUGAUUCUGUUUCAAGGAGUUCAUCACAAAGUGGGUGUGCUCUCUCUCUUCUGUCAUCUAGGACUGAUUCAUGGCUUUCUCCAGAUGAUCUCUCCGUAAGGUGCAGUGCUGCAUUAAGCGAAUUGAUAGCAGAAAACCGAGCAGCGAUCAUGGCUAGGCAAUAUGUCUCCGAUAGAGACUGGCAUUUACAACAGCAUGCAGUGGAAGACUACAAAGAGAUCCAACCUGAGUCCAACUAUUUCCCGCAACAUAUGUUUCCGCAGACACACUAACGAUGGUUCUAGGGCAUGGAGCUUGGAAAAUUCAUCGCAGUUGGUCAAUCAGAAUUGUUGGAUGAAGAUCACAUGUUUCUGAUCAUCAUCCAACUAUUCAAACUUACCGAAUGCGAUGAAUCUCAAUCCAAGAAGCCCAACCUAAAGUUUGUUAGAGAAAUAAGUGUGCCCUAAAGGAAAGGACGCCGGUUUAUGAAGUUUUCAACUAUUUAAUGUCUCCUAAAAAUAAAAGUUUAGAACUCUUUUCCAGACUCAGGAUGGUAGCUAGACUCUUAUUAGGGUUAUAAAUUUUCAAGAUUGUAUUUUUAUCUAUAAUUGCUGCUAAGCAUGUAUUGAGUUCCAUUGCUUGUGAAAAUUUUAUUGAAUAAUUUUGUUCACUAA